CGGCACAGGACGAGCGGGCGUGUCACGUGAUCAGCGCGCCGCCACCAGGCCACGCCCCCCGCGAGCGGCUCAUUGAGCGCGAUCGCGCUGCCCAUCAAUGGCCGUGACUUCGCGUCCGUAGUCACACGAGUCGCCCGCCCGUUGUUUUCAAUACACACGAGUACCAAAACGCGCAACCAGUGAGUGCUGAUCGACCGAUGUUCACAAUGUCACGGCGCUGACCAGCUGCCAGUGAUCGCGCGAGUGCCUGUGCGAGUGCCAAUUAGGCCCUGUAUGCACUCUAUAGUGCUUCUGUGACUGUGAGUUCUCGCGGCUUCGAGCUGGAUCAUCCGGGUGGUUUUGGCGCAUCGCCCUGGGCUGCUGUCCUGGGGCAUCAUGCUGCCGCUUCGAUUAUGCAAACUGGUGAACCGCAUGGUUAUGGUCCAGCACAUCAUCCUGCUGGCCCUAUGGACCUUCAUAUGCCACAAGCUUUUCCCUAUUAUCGGUACCGAGAUGACACUUUAUGUUGGACAGAUAGAAAACCGGCGGUUGAUGAAGUUGGAAAUCCGUCUUCAGUUAAUGCACGAUGUCUUCCGUUUGCUGAACCUAUUUUGGAGUUGAGGAAAGAAAAAAGUAGAGAUGCAGCCAGAUCGAGAAGAGGGAAAGAAAACUACGAGUUCUACGAACUGGCUAAAAUGCUACCUUUACCGGCCGCCAUAACUUCACAAUUAGAUAAGGCUAGUAUCAUUCGACUGACGAUUUCGUAUCUUAAAUUAAGAGACUUCUCUGGUCACGGGGAUCCUCCAUGGAGCAGAGAUGGACCACCUCCUUCAAAAACGUUGAAAGGAAGGAGAUCAACAGUAGCAACCGAUAUUUUUGAGACACACCAAGGAACUCAUAUAUUGCAGUCCUUGGAUGGGUUUGCUUUAGCUGUAGCGGCAGAUGGUAGAUUUUUGUACAUUUCUGAGACUGUUUCAAUUUAUCUAGGAUUAUCACAGGUUGAAAUGACUGGCAGUAGCAUAUUCGACUACAUCCAUCACCAAGACCAUUCAGAAAUAGCUGAACAACUAGGUUUAGGUUUAACCCAGGGCCAGAGCAUGGCGUCUCCAGGUAGCGGCUCGGAGGAAAGUGGGUCUACGGCAGGGACUAAUAAUCCCGACGGUAAGGUUUCUACUUCGAUGGCCUUAGGAACAAAUCCGCCUUACAAAGGACUAGAUAGAGCUUUCUGUGUUAGAAUGAAGUCAACAUUAACUAAAAGAGGCUGCCACUUUAAAUCAUCAGGGUAUAGGGUUGUUUUAAUGGUAUGUAGAUUAAGACCGCAAUACGUUUUCGCACAUUCACGAAAAUCACAGCAGCCGCCUCUCCUUGGCUUGGUAGCUCUAGCGAUAGCUCUACCUCCACCCAGCGUCCACGAAAUUCGUUUAGAAAGCGACAUGUUUGUAACGAGAAUCAAUUUUGAUUUUAAAAUAGCUCAUUGUGAACCCAAAGUUAUGGAAUUGUUAGAUUAUACACCAGAAGAACUUACUGGUAGAAAUUUGUACGCUCUGUGCCAUGGAGAAGAUGCUAACAAACUUAGGAAGUGUCAUAUAGAUUUAAUUAAUAAAGGCCAAGUACUAACUCACUACUAUAGGAUAAUGAAUAAAAAUGGAGGUUAUACUUGGAUACAGACAUGCGCUACUGUGGUUUGUAAUACCAAAAAUGCUGAUGAGCAAAAUAUAAUUUGUGUAAAUUACGUAGUUAGUGGUAGAGAAUACGAAAAUCUGAUAAUGGACUGUUGCCAAAUGGAAGACAAUUCUCAUAUGGUCAAACGCGAAGAAGCCAGCAGUAAUGAUCCAGAAAAUGGUUCCCCAGAUGCUGAUCGAGGAGAUGACAGAAAUAGUGGAGGUCCGCCAAAUCCACCAUCAGACCCAUCCCAAGAUCUAGACGAUUCAGCGAACCAUGGAACUGAUCCAGGAACUAUCGCCAAAGAUACUGGAGAUUUAAGGACGCGCAGGAUGGAUCCGGUACCCAACGUAGCACAAUUGCAAGCUGCCCCUACGCCAGUAGUAGACCAAAGAAAAAGUGCAACUCCAGUCAGGAGGGCGCAAAAAAGAAAAAAUACGUCUUCAGAUGAAAAUGAAGAAGAAGAAGCCGUUAAUCCUAAUCAAAAUAAUACUGUGAUGAGCCCUGCGAGUUCGUGUCAUUCAGCUGCAGGGACGCAUCCUAUUGUAUCCGUACCAGAACCCAAAGGAAAUAGUCCUAAGAAAAUUGAUGAAACAGCAGCAAAUAGCUCAGGUAUUCCUCUGCUCCCAGCAAAUAGUACAGGUGGUACCUCAGUUAAAGACUUAGAAAACGCAAUGUCCAAACACCUUCCAGCAUGUAAAUCACCUACGCAUCAACCAACAGAUUUUAGUACGGAUGCACUCUUGAAGCAACAGCAAAGGACAACGAUACAAUGGAUAGGAGCGCAUCAGCAACUUCAGCAGCAAGGCCCUUUGCCAGCUUCCGCACUUUUGAGACAGCUUUAUGCUAAUAGGGAAAGCGUUAUCAGGGCGAAUGUACACGGGAUUACGAGUACUGGAAGUCGUUCCAGUAGUGCGACAGGAUAUUAUCCAACUGAUAGCCAAAUAGGCCCGCUACCAACUCCACCAGGUAGUGAAGGCUCAUCAUCAUAUAGUGACCACCAGUUCCUGCUAUCCCAACAUCAGAACUACCCUACAGGAUACUCCAUGGAUUAUCACUCGGCGAUGACUCCUCCGUCCAGCGUCUCUCCUAGAGACAAACAUCAGCAGCUUCAUUCUGGUGUUACUUUUGAUUCGCCAGUACCAUACCAGGAUGUUUUAAGGCAAUAUCCUGAUAGCCCUUUGCCUUUGAAGCCUCAAGUAUACUCGUAUGUUGAUCAGCCUCAAUUUUACCAUCACGGUACGACCGGAGCUGGGUUUCAUUUGUAUCAUCCCAGUAAAGGUACUGGGGCACCUUCGAAUUGGUAUUCACCUUCAUAGUAAUAUUAAGGACAUUAUUUGUAAUUUCCUUGGAUUUUGUAUCUAAACUGUAUUUAUGUAUCUUUUAUGUACAGAACAUAUUAUUAUCCAUGAACAUAAAUUAAGUCUACCAAGCCGAAAAAUAUAUAGAAUCAAAAAGUAAACGAAGGGUAACUAUGUGCUUGACAGUGGAUAAUUAACUAUAAAUAAACCAAAGAACUUUGAUAUGAAAUAACAUGAUAUUUUAAGCACUGAAAUGUAAAAAUAUAUUUAAAAAAAACGCUAAUCACAGACCUGUGUACAUCUACAUAAUAUAAAAGAUCAUGUUAUUUUUUCAUUUUAAUUAGGUCAUCAGCGACAGCUAUCACUGGUAAUUGUGAAUACUUUGAAAUUCAAUUAAAUAUAUGAUUUUUGCGAAAAAAGUCCGUGGAGAUGAUUAAUCAAACGCAGAUGAUUUGUGAUCUUCAAAAUGUUGCAUAAAUUCGUUUAAAAAUGUCACAUUGACUGAAAAAUAUAUUUAAUUGAUUUGUAAAUUCCAUGCACGUGCUUGAGAGUUGAAUGCAUACAGACUCUGUAAUGUAAAAAAGUAAAGACCCUUUUAAAAUGUAGACUAAUUUUUCUUACAGAUUCUGUACAUUCGUAACUGUGUACAUAUAAUAUAAGAAUAUCUUUAGCUAUAGAUAGCUGUAUGUACCUAUGUUAUUUUUGUUGGGCAUUGAUUGACGUUAAAUUUAAAAAAAAAAAAAACUUUUUAUACAUACCGGCGUCGAUUUAAUUAUUUUUAAGUUAGUUUAUUUGGUUGAUUAAUUGUUGAAAAUUGUAGGCGCGAUUCUAGACCUAACCUACUUAUCACGAUCUAAAACGGUGCUGACAAGGUCAUUAAUGUGAUAAUCUUCAAUUUUUUUUUUGUUAAUUUUUAAUUGUUCAAUGUUUUGUGUUAACUUUGUUUUGUCAAAUAGUUCUCAGUACAAAAGAAAAAUAUCACUAGUAAUCGUCAAAAAAUAUAUGUGCAAUAUGAAUAUUCUUUAUUAUUUAAAUUUAAGUUUUUUUCUUGUAUGCAAUGUGUAAUCUUACUUAAAAAAAAAAAAACGAGAUAGUUUUGCAAAUAAUGAUUGAAAUUACGUUUGUAGAGAUACUACCUCAACUUCUUUUAAUAUGGCAACCCAAUCGUGAAAAUACUUUACAAAUUUGUCAUCCUCAAAAUUUAAGUAGUCACUGUUUAUUUAUAUUGUUCAAUAAAUUAUUUACAAAUCUU